UUAGCUAGAUGUGCUUAAAAUAAACCUUCUUUUCUUUUGCUUAGCUAGAUAAUAGCCUUACCUUGAAAAACCCAAAACCAUGAAGGUCAGAGUAGAGAGUACAAGAACGAUUAAGCCAAUUUAUGAAGGCAUUUUUCCUCCCCUAGCCUUACACUGUAUCCCUCUGAGUGUAUUUGAUAAGGUCACCUAUAACACCCACAUUGCAGUCAUUUAUGCGUAUCGUCCACCAAUGCCUACAAAUGCAGCCAUUGAGCUUGGCCUCCAGAAGGCCUUAUCAGAAUACAGGGAGUGGGCUGGAAGAUUAGGGGAAGAUGAGAAAGGUGAUCCAGUCAUUUUUCUAAAUGACAAAGGGGUGAAAUUUGUUGAGGCAUCUGUGGAUUGCAAGCUUGAUCAACUCAUGCCCUUGAAGCCAUCUCCUGUUUUGCUUAGACUUCACCCUAGCUUGAAGGAUGUGGAGGAGCUUGUGCAAGUUCAGCUUACAAGGUUCACUUGCGGUUCAUUAGUGGUUGGCUUCACAUCCCAUCACUCGGUUGCUGAUGGGCAUUCCACCAGCAAUUUCUUGGUUGCAUGGGGGAAAGCUAGUAGGUGUCUUGACAUGAGCCCACUUCCUCUUCAUGAUCGAACCAUUUUCAACCCUCGAAAACCUCCUAAUUUUGAGUUUGAACACAGAGGAGCUGAGUUUAAAAGCAAGAAGCUUCUCAAAGAUUAUCCUAAUAAUUAUGCUGAUAGCUUUGUGGAUGAUAUCGUCGUCCACAAAGUCCAUUUCACGUUGGAUUUUCUCUCCAAGCUCAAGGCCAGAGCUUCUCCACCAUCAAAUAAUGGAAAUAACUUGCAGAACAAGCCUUAUAGCACUUUUGAGAGCCUGGUUGCUCAUCUAUGGAGAGCAAUAACAAAGGCUCGAGGACUCAGUGGGUUCGAAACAACACAUGUGAGAAUCUCAGUGAAUGGACGCAUGCGAAUGAGUCCAAGAGUACCCACUGAAUACUUUGGUAACUUGGUGCUGUGGGCAUUUCCAAGUGCUAGGGUUAAAGACCUACUGCGAGAGCCAUUACCUUAUGCAGCUAAGCUCAUUCAUGAAGCAAUUGCAAAGGUGAACGACAGCUACUUCAAAUCAUUCAUCGACUUUGCCACCCACAAGGCGGAGAAGGAAGAAGACCUCGUGCCCACGGCGGAGAUGAACAAGUCGGUCUUGUGCCCUAAUUUGGAGGUUGAUAGCUGGCUAAGAUUCCCAUUUUAUGACCUGGAUUUUGGAGGAGGAAGUCCUUAUAUAUUCACGCCAUCUUAUUUUCCAACAGAAGGAAUGAUGUUUCUUCUACCUUCAUUCAUCGGAGAUGGAAGCAUAGACGCUUUCAUACCUCUUUUCCAGGACAAUUUGGCUACCUUGAAAGAAAUUAUAUAUUCACUAGACUAAACUAAUAUUUACUACAAUUGAUUCUUUUCUUUUUUGAAAAUUUUAUUUCUUUUUUUUUUUUUUUUUCUAAAGAUCUUGUUAUAAUCAACAUAGUUGUUGUCAUGUAUUUUUCUUGAAGGCGGACCACGUACCUGCGUUGUAAUAACAAAUGCUCAUAUAUAUAGAGAGAGAACCUUAUAUGCAUGGUCUCAU